GAGGUUGGUUCUGUGGGGAGGUCCCAGGGAGAAUUACAACCUCUUCAUACCGAAUUUGCAAAUUGUCAUUCAAGUACCGACUUUAGGGUAACAGCCUACCGGUAGGCUACUUCAUUUACUACUACAUACCGCCACCCUCUGGAUGGGUAACUUUUUGGACAACACAAGAAAAGAGUUGAUUUCCUUUUUGGAAAAAAGACUGACAUAUUUCCACUGGAAAGCCCUUGGAGGGAUGCUGUUCAUAACAACAUGGAAACAAGAUAUGUCUUAGUCAUUGUGCUUCUAAGUGUCUUCUGUUGUUGGACUUACAGCCAAGAACUAAAUCCCAGCGGCAGAAAUGUAUGCAAAACUGAAUCUGACAGGCUCCAAUGUUGUAGUGGCUGGGCACAGCAAGGAGAUGAGUGCUUAAUACCAAUUUGUGAGGGUAACUUCACCUGCAAAGAAAAUGAAGUUUGUGUGCGACCCCACGAAUGCCGCUGUCGUCAUGGUUAUUUUGGAGCCACUUGUGAUAUGAAAUGUCCGUUUAAGUUCUGGGGGCCUGACUGCAAGGGUAAGUGUGAUUGCCAUCCCAACGGGAGGUGUGAUGAUGUCACUGGGGCCUGCACCUGUAACCCUAAUCGCUGGGGGCCAAACUGUGAGCGAGCCUGCGACUGCCAGCAGGGCCAAUGCAACCAGGAGACAGGCGCUUGUAUGUGCUACCCAGGCUAUUGGGGCCCUCAGUGCUCUAACAACUGUUACUGCAGAGUAAACUCUAUGUGUGAUGUGGGAACUGGCCAGUGCCACUGCCAUCCUGGCUGGUAUGGGAGGUACUGCGGUGCCAAGUGUGCCUGCAAUGCCUCUCCGUGUGACCAGCUCACCGGUCGCUGCAAGUGUCGAGAGCAUCUGUGGGGUACUCACUGCGAGCACAAGUGCCAGUGUCUCCAAGGACGCUGUAACCCGGCGGAUGGAUCGUGCACCUGCAAGCCAGGAUUCAGAGGGAAGUUCUGCAGGGAGACGUGUCCAGCUGGAUUCUACGGACAAAAUUGCAGAAACAGGUGUGGUCACUGCAAAGGCCAGCAGCCCUGCAAGGUGGCAGAGGGACAUUGCAUCGCAUGUGAAAGCGGUUGGAAUGGCACCAGGUGUGACCAGAUGUGUGCUCCUGGGUUCUUUGGUGAAAACUGCAAGGACGUUUGCUCAUCCUGUAAAGACGGACACUUCUGCAACCGCAUCGACGGAAAAUGCCCCCACUGCAACCCUGGUUGGAUGGGUGAUCGAUGUGAGGUCAAGUGUCCAAAUGGAACCUAUGGAGAGAACUGUGUCAAUGACUGCAACAGCUGCUUCAAUGGGAUGUGUCACUUCGCCACAGGAAAUUGUCUCUGUAAUCCUGGCUUCUCUGGUGCCUACUGUAAUGUGAGCUGUUCAGCGGGUCAGUAUGGGCUUAACUGUACCCAGACCUGUUCCUGCCAUGACAACAACUGCAACAUAGUGACUGGAGCAUGCAACCUACAGCCUAACCAGAGGAUGGGUGUGAUGGCAGCAGGGGUGCUGGUCACCUGUCUCCUGCUCCUCUCCUUGCUGUGUUGCUGCUGCGUCUGCAGACAGAACGACCCUGAGAAAAGGUCCAAAAGAAGACUAUGUGGAGGGUUCACACGAAUCAGCUCUAAACUUCCUCAUAUCCCACUGAGACGGCAGAAGCUACCCAACGUUGUUGUGUCCCACCAUGACCCUGAGAAUACUUUCAACUGUAGUUUCAUUGAGCCCCCCUCUGCAGUGGAGCAACCCACCGCCUCCGGGUCAUCCAGAGCGUCCUUCUCUUCCGUAGAGACCACAGAGGACGGACAUGUCUAUGCUGUGCCUGACGAGAACAAAAAUAAAGGGGACAGAAUCAACACAACAGAGACUACAGUCCUAGCUGAUGAUGAUGUCUCUGAGGUAGACACAUUGCCGGAGGACAGGGAUAUGACUGAGCAGGCUUCAGUUAACACCAGUGAGCUGCCACUCCAGAAGUCAUCAGAGAGUGAGGGCUCCUGCAGUGGCACAGAGUCAGCCACCAGCACCCUCUGCCUCAGGGUCUCUGCCCCUCAGCCACCACAGCAGUCCAGCAAGGAGCCAGAGAACAAUGGCGGGUCAAACAAUGUCAAAUAUAAUGGAAAGCCUAUAGCUGCUGAGAGGAUUAAACCACAGCCACCAGACCCCUCCACCAAGCCCAAGCUCUCAUGGAUCCAUGCAUCUCCUGGGCCAAAUCAGAAUCAGAUAAGUCAGGAAGAGACUGUGGCCGAGGAUAACAUUUGUUCCAGAAAGAAAGCCAGCAAGCAGCAAGCUCCCAACGCCCCAGAGUCUGCAGGUACAGAUGGGGCCAGCUCCCUAGGUGAGAAGAAGCCUAAUAAAAGCAGACCAGGUCUGUUGCAGAUAGAGCACAUCAAUGGGGCAGUGCAGAGUGUCCUGAGGAAAAUGGGCAAUUUCCGUGUUGACCGGAAAGCUGCAAUCCCCAAAGAGUCCCCAGAGAAGAGGCCCAGCUUAUCCCUAAACAGGGAGGUUAACCAACCAAACAUACACUCUGAGGUAGCCUCUCUCUUAACUGCUCAGCUGAAGGAGAAGACUCAGAGCCUGAACAGGAGCGAGGCCGGCAGCUGUGAAGAGAGCCUGUCUCACCUCCAGGCCCAGAGAAAGAAGCCAACCCCGCCCCAAAAGACCUCGGGCACCCAGCCUGGAGCUGGAAAGGAUUUGCUUCCCACAUCCGACAGCUCACAGAAGCCUCUGCCAGAUAGUCCAUCUAAAGAAGCCAAAUACCAAGAGAAACAAGACUCUAACAACUCUGAAAGCAGCUCAGAUAAGGGAGAACCCAAAAAUAAGACCCCAAUGAAAAAGCCUCCUCGGAAAAAGAGCAAGGAAGGUAAUGUAGACUCAAAAAUACAGACUACAGCUCCAAAGGUUGCAGUGAUGCCACCAAAGGCUUCAAAUUAGCACAGCCAGUCUGGAUGUUUCUCAAUUCUGGAAAAACAAUGACGCACAUGUUGUGAUGCUUGAAAUAAUUGAUUGGACACAUGUUUCAUUGUGUUUAGCACCAAAUCAAAUUAAAGAUGGAAUCUUUUCCCUUGG